AUGGAAGACUAUCGUUAUCGCCAACGUCAAGAUAAUCCUGCUGCAAAAGAGGAACUCUUCUUUGGCGCUACUAAACAAUACGGUGGAGAGUAUAGCCAACAGGGUGGGCAAUAUCCGCCGCCUGGUGGAUAUCAAUCUCUACCACCUGGCGGACAAUAUCCGCCGCCUGGUGGAUAUGGAUAUGGAUAUGGUGGAAACAAUGAUCCUUAUGGGCAACAGCAACAAGAAACGAAAAACGUUGAAGAGAUUAAAUCUCAAAUUCGAGAUACUAAACUGGGCUCCUUAGCCUCUACUCAACGGUCGCUGCAGAUGGUUAAUGAUGCAGAAGU